AUGUCGGGCAUCCCAAAAGAGAUAGCAACCCACAAGUUGAACGUCGACCCAUUUUACCCUCCAGUAAGGCAAAUAAGACGAAAAUUCAACUCCGCAAUAAAUGAUGUGGUCCGCGAAGAGGUCGAAAAACUAAUGAAAAAUGGAUCUAUCAGAGAAUCAAAGUACCCUCAAUGGGUCGCCAACGUGGUCAUGGUACAAAAGAAAAACGGGAAGUGGUGGAUGUGCGUAGACUUCACAGAUUUGAAUAAAGCCUGCCCAAAAGACUCGUUCCCGCUGCCCCAUAUUGACCAACACAUUGAUGCAACAGCCAGGCAUGAACUGCUAAGCUUCUUGGAUGCCUACUCAGGCUACAACCAAAUCCCCAUGGAGGAGGAGGACCAAGAAAAGACCACUUUCUUCACUCACUAUAGGACGUAUUGUUAUAAGGUUAUAUCGUUGGGGUUGAAAAAUAUGGGGGCCACAUAUCAAAGGUUGGUGACCAAAAUGUUCAAAGAUCAACUUGGUAAAACUAUGAAAGUCUAUAUCGACGACAUGUUGGUCAAGUCGAAGAGGAUGGAGGAUCACAUCAACCACUUGAAAAAUCCUUCGACAUACUCAGACGGUACGGUAUAA